AUGUCCAUUUCGAUACAUUUAAAUAUUUGUUUGAGAAUCGAAAAGAAUACCGAAUUCCAAACAACACCAUACUACUUUUCCGGUUAUAAAGAUGGCAGCGCACUCCAAUGGCUCAAGGAUAAUACAACUAUGCAAUGUUCGGAAGGUGCCUAUAGAUAUGCAAUCGGAAAAUCAAAUCUACCGGUCAUCGAAUGGAUUCGUGAUAAUACAAAAGAGUUGAAUGAUGGAGUUCAAAUUGGUGACGAACUAAAAAAUAUUAAAGUUCAGUGUAAUAAUCAAAGAAAAAGACUAACCAGUUCUGCUUUAGAUAAUUAUUGGAAAGAUUUUGAUAGUCGUAAAUCUAUUCACAAUAGCGUUAACACUACUUCUGUAGUACCUCAUACACUCUUUAUUGACAGUGGUGGCGAACAUUACGAUGGUGGAGGUGGAGGUGGAUUAGAGGAAGAAGGUGACUAUUCACCGUCUAUACCAGAUAAAGAACUGUGUCAAUUCAGUGACAAGGUUAAUAAUGCUAUAAAGUCAUUCGAAUCGAUCGAUACUACAAUAACUUCAACUUUUAGCAUUCAGCCACCGAUUUCAACAACUACAACUACAACAACUACCACCACAGCAAGUACAAACCAUAAAAACCCAACUACUUCUACUGAAUCCACAACAAGCACAACAACAACAACCUCAGUCGAUAUGUCAACAGCUUUUCAAUUACAUUCAGUAAUGUUGCAAUAUCAAUCAGAUAGAAUACAUUGGGAAGAAGAAAGUGCAAGUGAUAAACAAACAAUAGAUUCGACUCGUAAUCGCUCACAUCCGGUUGACCAACCCUCAGAAUCAGGUGACCACUUUUGUCAAGGUCUCUCUUAUCCUGAGUUAAUCAAAUUUGCCAUUCUUCUUUAUGGACAGAAAGUUACAAACAUAAAUGGAUUGGUGUAUGGUAAAUUCUCUGAAUCGAACUACUAUGCUUGCAAAAAGGAUCAAGUUGUAACUACCAAAUUGUAUAAUAACUACAGAAGGUGCAGUAGCUGCAUAAGAAUGCAACAAAUUGUCUAUCAAAGUCUACAUAAGUACAAGAAUGGACGGGUAUUGGAAAUCAAAUACAGUAAUAAGCAGCAUGUAAAGAGUGGCGAGCAAGUUAGGACUGAUCAAGUUGCGCAAACCUCUCUUGGAACCAUCAAGAACUAUAUACCUCCAAUCAUAUAUUAUGGAUCCUCAGAUCACAAGGUCCUUGAGUCACUCUCCAAGCAAAAGUAUUAUGCAUUGGCCAUGGACGAGAUCGAAAUAUCUGCAGGUCUUCUGUUACCCUCAUUCACAGCAGUUGAUUGGCAUAGCAAAGGAGACUAUCAAUUCAGACAAUCUUAG